UUUAUACUGUGGUGUUACCAAAAAUGUUUGAAACGUAGAAAUUGUGAAAGACGUAAAGUUUAGUUGAAAAAAAAAAUGAACAAUACUUGCUUUGAAGAUACACUUUCAGUUUAUUUUUCAAGACUAUUUCCAUAUGACUAUUUUCACAAGUGGCUCAGUUAUGGCGAUGAAAAGACGUUUAGCCACAGAGAAUUUGCAUUUAAUUUUGAGGGAGAAAGAUUCUUGAGGCACCAAGCAUACAAGGAUAUAAAUGGUUUGAAACAAGUGAUAAAAAAGUUGCACCCCGUUAAAAUAGAUAUUGGAGCUGUUUUCAACAUUUCACCCUUGAACAGUUUGAGAGAAAAGCGUUUUUAUCCUGUCCAAAGAGAACUUAUAUUUGAUAUUGAUGUUACUGAUUAUGAUGAUGUAAGAACUUGCUGUAAGGGAGUGGACAUGUGCUCUAAAUGUUGGAAUUACAUGAUAGUAGCUGUAAAAAUUUUAGAUGCAGCCUUAAGAGAGGAUUUUGGAUUUGAAAAUAUCUUGUGGGUAUUUUCUGGCAGACGAGGUAUUCAUUGUUGGGUUUGUGAUCAUAGAGCCCGUUUGUUGAAAAGAGAUGCAAGAUGGGGGGUAGCUACUUAUUUGCAAUUAGUAACUGGUGGUGAAUUUAUGAAAAAAAAAGUAACAAUAGGUAGUAAGAUCCAUCACUCUGUCAAAAGAGCCCUUGAAGUCAUUCAACCAGUUUUCAUAAGCAUGUGCGUUGAAAAUCAAGACAUGCUCGGUACCGAGGAAAGGGUAUUGAAAUUUCUGGGAAUCAUUGCUGAUGAUGAAAUGCGUGCAGAAGUACAAGACCUAUUUGACGAGCAUUGUACUAGUCUUACAAAAUGGAAUGCGUUUAUCAAAUUUUUUAAGAAACAGAUUGAAUCAGAAAAUGAAAAAUGGUGCAAAACACCAUAUCUUAUUGAAGAAAUCAUGCUUCAGUAUGCAUAUCCACGAUUAGAUAUAAAUGUAACAUUGGGAAUGACCCACUUGUUAAAAGCUCCUUUUUGUGUACACCCAAAAACUGGAAAAAUCGGUGUUCCUAUUGAUCCAAUGGAUAUUGAUGAUUUUGAUCCUUACAACAUCCCAACUAUAUUAGAGCUGUUUGAUGAAAUUGAUAAAUUUGACAAACAAGCAACAGAGCAAGGAAUGACCAUAGAAAAAUUGAAAGAAAUAGAAGAUGUAAAAAAAACUAGUCUUGAAAAGUAUAUGUGCAUAUUUGAAAAUUUCUUACAGGAUUUGGAAAAUACGUUCAAAAUAACUGCACCAAACGACAUUAAUUUGGAGAGUGAUUAA